UAAUAAGUGAUAAAUGUGUGGACAGGCUCUUUUUCCGCAGUGUGGUUUUCAGCACAGCAUCUGGCGGCUGGGUUGGAAGGACGCACAAUGACGGAAACUGACAGGGUCUCGCUCAACAACGUAACCCACGUGCGUGGAAAUGGAUCGAACAACAAGGCUUUUGAACUAGGGGAUGACUUCAUUUCCGUUACUGGCAAUAACAAAAGGCAGGCUGAAAACACUCGAAAGGGACUGAGCUCAUACCUAAGCCUUGUUUCCAAGCGGAUUACUGCCACAGAGGAUUACAUCAAGGGUCACUCCCAAGCUUUCAAACUAUUUGUGCUGGGCAUACUUGGAGCAGGUUAUGUGGCUUACUUUAUUGCAGCCUGUGUUUUGGAUUUCCAGAGGGCCAUCGCUCUCGUCGUCCUAACCAGUUUGGCCAUUGCUGCUAAAUUGUAUGAACUCCUGAAGGAGCACAGAGGAGAGAGCAUCAGUCAGUGUUUCAGGCCCGCAGUUACAUUUUUAAAAUCUAACUUCAAAUGGGUUUUCAUUUUAGCAGCUGUGGCCCUGCUUGUUCUUUGGCUCGUCUUAGACACAAGCCGGCGUCCUGAGCAGCUGAUCUCGUUUGGAGGGGUGUGGAUGUUUGUCGUGCUUGUGUUCCUCCUGUCAGCACACAGGACAGCGGUGACAUGGAGGCCUGUGUUUUGGGGCCUCGGAAUGCAGUUCUGUAUCGGCCUUUUCAUUAUUCGCACAGAGCCUGGACUCAUUGCAUUCGAAUGGCUUGGAAAACAAGUACAGACAUUCCUCGAGUACACCCAGGCGGGGUCAGGUUUUGUUUUUGGGAACCUGAUUAACGACAUAUUUGCCUUUCAAGCGUUGCCCAUUGUUGUGUUCUUCAGCAGCGUGAUGUCAAUCCUUUACUAUCUGGGCAUAAUGCAGUGGCUCAUUCUGAAGAUCUCAUGGUGCAUGCAGAUAACGAUGGGAACCUCUCCCACAGAGACCUUGAGUGUGGCAGGCAAUAUAUUUGUUGGGCAGACCGAAGCGCCGCUGCUGAUCCGCCCGUAUUUAAAAAACAUGACCAAAUCUGAGAUCCAUGCUGUCAUGACUGGUGGAUUUGCCACAAUUGCAGGCAGUGUCAUGGGAGCGUUCAUCUCAUUUGGGAUUGAUGCAUCUUCCUUGAUAUCAGCUUCUGUAAUGGCUGCUCCUUGUGCUUUGGCCAUCUCCAAACUGUCUUACCCAGAGACAGAGGAGAGUCCUUUCAAGGAUGAAAACAAUAUCAAAGUGGCGGCUGGAGAUGAACAGAACAUCCUGGAGGCUGCUAGCAGUGGAGCCUCUGCUUCCAUAGGUCUUGUUGCUAACAUUGCAGCAAAUUUGAUCGCCUUUCUUGCCAUUCUGGAGUUCAUAAAUGCCUCUUUGAGUUGGUUUGGCGGUAUGGUGGGCUAUCCUUCAAUUACAUUUCAGGUAUAUCUUAAACAAAAUGAUUGCUCUUAUGUAUUCAUGCCCGUGGCCUUUAUGAUGGGAAUACCCUACGGGGAGAGUUUCACAGUGGCCGAACUAAUCGGCACAAAGCUCUUCCUUAAUGAAUUUGUGGCUUAUCAAAAACUAUCCGGACUGAAGGUCAACAGAGUCAAUGGGCUUGAUGAAAUUAUCGGAGGUGAAAGACAAUGGAUAUCUGUCAGGUCAGAAAUAAUCACCACUUAUGCUCUUUGUGGGUUUGCCAACUUGAGCUCGCUGGGUAUCAUGAUUGGAGGCUUGUCCUCUAUAUGCCCAUCCAGAAGAGGCGAUAUCUCGUCAAUGGUGUUGAGAGCUAUGAUCACUGCCACUUGUGUUUCUCUCAUCAACGCUUGCAUUGCAGGGAUCCUCUACGUUCCUCUUACUGACUGUGUGGAGCUGUUCAAGACAUCUGUGGCUUUCAAUGCCACAGAUGCAAAUAUUGGGACUUGCUGUAAGGACCUCUUUCAAAAAACUGUAAACAAUGGGACCGUCUACUUCGAAGGGCCUUGGAGCGCGGUAGCAAACGCCACUUUGUAUUUCUCUAAAUGUUGUCAAUGCUGCGGUCUUUCUGAUGUUGCGGUUUGUAAUUAGUGAUUUUCCAUAUUUUUAUAUUUCUUUGUAACAGUUGAUGUAAAAAUGUAAAGCCUAUAUGCAUAUCUUUUAAAGAUAAGCAUAUUUAAUAUAUUGUACAUUAAUUCAAUAUUGGAUUUAAUUUAAAGCCAUGGAUUAAAAGGAAACCCCUUCAGAAAUAUAGAUAUCAAUCAGUUUGAUGAAGUCAUACAAAAAUUAUAAACCUGAAAUGAAAA